AUGGCUGAGAAGGCUGAGGAAGAGAAAGCUCCAAGCUCUUCAGAGAACCUGACGUGUCCACUAUGUCUUGAUAUCUUCGACGAGGCAACAAUCCUGACUUCAUGCGGUCACACCUUCUGUCGGAAAUGUCUCAAGAACUAUGACCUGUCCCAGCAGGACCUAGAUCACAUGAUCUGUCCUCUCUGCAGGAAUACCACCAAGUUGUCUGCGAACCGUGUCGAUGAUUUCCUCACCAAUGUGACGGUCAACGGACUCGUAGACGAUUACCACGCCAAGUGUGGAGGGAUGAAUGCUGUCCUUGAGAUGCGUCCAAAAUGCACUGCAUGCAAGUUUCAGCGAGAUGCUGUCUCAUUCUGUAAAACGUGUAAUUUCUAUAUGUGCACUAAUUGCGACUGCAGCCAUGAGCAGUCACACUUUGAAGGUCACGAGAUUGUAUCCAUACAGGAUAUCAUCAACGGGAAGGUCAGCGUUGUUCAUCCAUCCGAGAAGUGCUGCAUCCACAAACAAGAGAACAAAGAUAUGUUUUGUGAGGAAUGUAAGGUCCACGUCUGUUUUAAGUGUGUGAUCGUCGGUCAUCAAAAUCACAAAAUCAAGAAUCAGACUGAUUUCGAGCAGGAGUUACGGCUUAAGGUGAACGACCUAGUCGAGCGUUGUGCCACCAUGAAAUCAGAACUGGAGAAGAACAUUCAGAAUGUGGAAGUACAACGCCAUGAAGUAUACACUGCCGUGCAGAGAUUACUAGACGAUGUCGGUCAAGCCUACAGCAUCAAGGCCAAAAAGCUUGAAGAAAAUCAUCGAAAUCUCAUCGAGCGCAUUAAUGCAGUAAAGCGAAGUUUCGAUGACGACCUCAACGUCUUGAAAUCCAACGAUCUAAAGAGAAUCAAGAUUAUUUGUAGUACAAUAACACUGGUAGAUAAUGACAGACUGGGUCAUCUUGAGACAGACAGUUUGUCUGCUCAUACUUUGCUCUGUGAGGAGCUAGAUGCCAUGCUGAAGAAGGCUACUGAUCACACUUCUGCGGCAGCCGUUACGAAGAAAGCACAGGAGAAGAGGUUCAAGCCUGCAGAUGAUACUCGUCUUGACCUCGGGAGUAUUACAGAAUCAACUACUGGUCACGAUUCUGCUGCAGCCAUUACGAAGAAAGCACAGAAGAAGACGUCCAAGCCUGCAGAUGGUACUCAUCUGGGCUUCGGGAGCAUAUCAGAAUCAGAUCCCAAGUUGCAGGUUAUUCAAUGUGUAGAUCUACGGGAACAGAUGUGGGGUAUGACCCCGUACUCUGAUGCCAGUGUAGCUAUCGUAUAUGGUGCAAUACAUGGUCGUUAUGCAUAUCAACAGGUAGCAAAGAAGCACACAUGUUUUCUUCCAAUGGAUCCAGGAAAUCAACCAUCCACGUGA